UGUUAUAGAAAUAAUUUGAAAUCCGUCAUUACAUGUUUAUCACUCAUUCGGGACAGUCGUAGACAUAUUAUUUCGUAAGAAAAACGGUUUGUGAUUUCUGUUUGCCUUUUAAACUUCGUAUAAACACGACUGAGAUGGAAGCCAACGUGGAAUCUUCAAGAUGCACACUGUCGCUUAAUUACGCCGAUGAGGGUCACUGCUUGAUUGACGCUUUGGACUUGGCCGGUUACCGCAAGAACACUACUGACAAGUUUCCGUUACGGCGCGGUAUUGCAGAGGGUUUUCGGUCGACGCCACAACUGACAACUGAUGACUCACCCGUGACCAACCCGGUAGUAAAGAUCGACUCACCACCAGAGCCACCUGUUCAUACAACUGCGGAGACACAGGACCAAACGGAAACGCUAAAAUACCCGCAGCAACGUUAUGGCCUUUCCUUGAUACACGCUUUAGACUUGGCUGUGGAUCGCAGGAUCGUCACAACGGUCGGGCUACAGUUACGGCCGCUGCGAGAACAUGCAGUCUUUUUCCGAUCUUCUGCAGAGCUCAGCAUUCGCUCGCCCGUAUACGGACCAGUGAAGUCUGUUUUACCGGUGGCAGCUGAAAUUCAGCCAAAUCCCGCAGGGCCUGACCGUCGCAGGUCAUUAUGGAAGAGGUCGAAAAGAUUCAUGUGGAAAUCCUUGGUCAACACUACACGCAUAAUAUGCUUCUGUCGGAGUUUUGUUGACCUGGAUUGA